AUGCAGUCCGAUCGGCGGGUCCUGGUGUCCCUUGUGUUCAUUGGCGGUGCGAUUAUCCGGGAGCUCGCGUGUCAGGAGGGAAAACUGAUGGCUCUUCAGCUAGGUCUGCCCAACCAGGUGCCAGUUCCCAACGACAACUUUGACGAGCCUGGACCGGAAGGGCGAGGCAGCCCGAAGCGAGCUCGGGGUGCUGGGACGGGGGUGAAAAUGCCCGCUCCCGAGGGGGUCACUCUUGAGGCCAUCCAACAGCUUCUCGCGCAACAGAGUGCAACCAUUAUGGAGGCGCAGAGAGCAACCUUGACGCAGUUGGAGGCGAGACAAGACGCCAAGCUCCAAGGACUGGAAAAGCGUAUCGUCGAUCAGAGCCAUGUGUCCCACAAUCUGCACACGGCCAUCAAGGAUCUGGAAGACCGUAUGGCGAGAGUGGAGAGUUCGGGUAAGCAGGCCUCCUCGUCUGCUCCUCAGGACCCUCGUCGGCUGACCCUUGUCUUUGGCAUUGGUCAGCAGUUCGACUCCGCGCCUUUUACAACAGGUCCGAGGCGCUCGGUUGCCUUGUGCAAUUUCCAGCCAAGGGAAAGGGAGAGUGCCAGUGACACACGCUCACGAAUGAUGACAAUCAUCAAUGCCGUGAAUGCAGCGCAAGCCCACUUAGUGGGUGGAGAAAAGCCCCUUUGGUGUUCCUUCAGUAGGACGCCAGAAGAGCGAGGCAGGGCUUCCAUUCCUGGUUUCGUGAAGAAGGUGGUGAUGACGCAUAAACCGGGGGCUAAGGAUGACCUGGACCUGGAGUAUUCCAGCGGCAUGUCCUGGAUGGAUGAAGCCCAGCUUUCGGGAGUGGGGGCGGCUCCCUCGACCGAGGGGGUGGUCAAGGUGGACACCAAGGCAGGACCGGGGUGGAUCGAUUUGAAGAGCCUAGCCAGCAAGGCGGGGGUAACGAGGGAUGUGGUGCGGCAGAUGGUGGACGAGCACCGAGUUUGUGUUGCGGACCUCUCCAAGGCUCUCGGCGAGGCCGUGGGGCAACCGGUGACCGAGAAUGACAUUGUGUUACUUCAGGAAGUCCCUCGUGGUGAAGUGGGAUGGCAAAGUCAGACCUGCGAAAAGCUCAAGCUCUACACCCAUAGGGAUGAAAAUGCGUGGCGAGGGGUAGGUAUUGGGGUCUCGGAGAAGUCCUGGACCGUCAUGCGCAGGAUGAAGUCUGAGUGUGGUGUGGUGGUUCCGUCUUCGGCAUGUGAGCGUAGGCGCCCGAAUACCAAGCCGAGGGUUGUUGUGAAGGAAAUCCCAGAGGUGUUGGAACUCGAUCAACAGGAGAUCACCCGCCUCGCGAAGGAGUACACCGGGCCGAAGUCCAAGAAGGGGUACAGAGACCCGGCCUCGGUUCGCAGCCUGUUUGACAUGGCACGGUUCAGCAAACAGCCCAGUGACUGGCAGAAAGCCUUUGCAGAGCGAAAGAAGGAGAAGAGGAAACACUAUGAGGCACAGGUUGAAGCGGUGGCGAAAGGUGAGUGGUCGGGGUACAAGAACCUCCGAACGAACAAGGUGAGUGAUUGGGAGUGUCAUUUUGCGGAGAGUCAGCCGGGUGAUCCUCAUAAGAGCAUUCACGACCACUUGGAGGGUAUCUAUGGGGACCGCCAGCCCGACCUGACUGAUUUCCGCCCGGAGGGGUCCUUUGAACCCAUCACACCGGGGGAACUGCAGGAGGCUAUCCGUCAGGGUAAGCGGGGAAAAAGUGUUGGGGAGGACGGGACUUCCCUGGAGCUAUUGGACGGGAUCAUGCAGGCUGCAGGUGGUGAGAGCGCUCUCCUUAACUGGUUUAACCGGAUGUUGGAGACAGCUGAGCUGCCUGAUGACUGGUACACAGCACUCAUGAUUAUACUUCCAAAAACGGCCCGGCCUACCCAGCCCAAGCAACUCCGACCAAUAUGCUUGUCCUCAUCAGUUUCGAAGGUUUUCUGUCGAGUGCUGCUCAACCGAUCGAAAAAGAAAAUGACUCCCAUUGGAUCGACGCAGUGCUCGGGAGCUGGCAAGCAGGCCAUCGAUUACAUCCAUGCCGUCCACAAAUUGUUUAGCCUUGAACGUGAGUGGAAGAUCGGUUUAUGUUUCCUGAAAAUCGACCUGGAAAAAGCAUUUGACUGCGUCUCGAAGACGUCGUUGAUGGCGUACAUCAAGUCGAAAAUUGGGAGAAGCUUCGAAGCCAGAUGUUGGCAGCGGCUGCUAAAUCGAUCGGAAGCACACCUGCAUACUGCAUGGGGCGACUCCACCCUUCAGCUGAACAACGGGAUCAGGAGACGGCAAACAGGUAUGGAUGGUCAAGGGAAGAUCCGAUGCUGA